CGGAUCUUUGGAUCUGAGUACCACACCAUUUGAGUCCAUUCAUAAAUUCGGCAUUGAUAAGAAAUUUACGCAAAACCGUGAGCAAACUGAACGCAUGAAAGCUGGUUCAGAUUCUCGGAACUCCACGGAAACCAUAAACAGCUGCCAUUUCUUUGAUAUCUUAUCUAACAUAUGCUUCUGUUUAUCUUCAUCGAUUCAUGUAAUGCUGUUCAAAAUCUUGAUUCUCAAAUCCGUAACGUUCAGUGUAGCCGGAUAGCUGUUCCGGGACGCAAGUGUUUUUCAAGGUUCCAUAGAACUUGUGCCUUUAGCCGUGGCAAGAUGGCAUCUAAGAGUAUGUCGUCUUUGCUGAUUAUAGCGAUAAGCAUUUCGCUGGGUCUUGCAAUCGACACAAAUUAUCUCUUCAAUUCAACAAAGUUUCCAGAUGCUUCUAGCAUCCCAACGCUUUCGAACGGAAUUCUCGGAUUUACCGUAUUCAGUGACAGUGUAUACCUGACCGGAGUUUACAAUGGACGUGGAGCUCAGAGUCACCGUGUACGCAUUCCUAACUAUGCCAAUAUACAACUAGAAGCAUGCAGCUAUCCGGAAACUAAUCCUCUCCACUGUUCCUACCACCUGGAUAUUAAAUUCGGCAGCUUAGGAACAGUGUACGACGACCCUGACGGACAACUUCGCCUCGUUCAUAGCGUUUAUCCUCAUCGAGAAUUCAGCCAAGUUAUUGUUAACAAAUUCUGAAUUGAACGACUCAAUGGCCAAGGUACACUGUACGCCAAAAUUCUGCAAGUUCCGGUACCGCCGUCCGCUGAUAUUUCAUUCCAGGCUCCUGAAAACGAGGAAACUCCUAGAAGCGUCUAUACGCGUCAAUGUGGGACUACUAAUGAGGUCGAAGACCCAGAGCUUCAAACGGAGAAAACCGAAGUAUGUCUAUACUAUAAAGAGAUACCGACUACUCUAGUGUUGGCGGAGAACUCCACCGCUGAAGAGUUCAGUUUCUACACAGUGUUCGCCCGCAGUAGAGAGGAUGCGGAAAACGAUAUUUGGGGAAUAUUGAUCAGUAUCCGGAGGAACGACAGUAUAGACGAGUUUCAGGAACGCCGCAUGAAAGAAGUUUGGGAUCAGUACGGAAUCACAGUCGUUGGAAACGAUGAGCUAGAUCGAGCUAUUAAAGCCAGUGCAUUUCAACUGUUUAGUAAUAUGCCGCGGGUACUGUUCACGCCUAAUGGUAAACAGAAGUACGGAGUAUCGCCCUCCGGAAUCGGGCGGAAUGAACUUCAGGGGCACGUCAUGUGGGAUUUCGAUAUGUGGAUGAUGCCUAUAGUAGUGCUAGUGGAUCCGCUCGUUGCUGAAGACAUAUUGAUCUACAGAAUUAAGCAUGUUCGCAAAGCAGUUGAAAGAAACGCCGCAAAAAAUGGUAAUGAGGGAUGGCAAUAUCCCAGGGCUUCUGCCUUUACAGGUAGUGAUGUUUCAUCGGAUCCAGAAGCUGAAGAACUUGAACAUCACACCACAGCAGAUGUCGCUUUCGCAGUCAGGCACUUUUUCUACGCUACGCAAAACGAGUAGUUCAUGAAAUCACAAGGAGGAUGUGACUUGGCAUACAAUACUGCUCGUUUUUGGAAGAGUCGGGCCAUCUAUAAUCCCUCCAGUGAUAAGUACGAUAUUCGUGCGGUUACGGGACCUGAUACCUUGAAUCGUAACGUCACCAACAACGUGUUCACCAAUGUCGUUGCUGCUAACAAUCUGUUCUUCGGUGAAUACGCUGAUUGUAUAUGCAAUGGUACUCUGAAUGUUAGUAAAAAAGCUACUGAAGAAACGAUUCGUAUCGCGAGAAGUUUGAAUUUGUUGUACAACUCAACCGGAGACUUCAACCCUCAGUUCGAAGGUUAUGUCAUAGGACAAAAAAUAUACCAAGCAGAUGCUGUACUGCUUGGGUAUCCCUUAGAUCUUCCUAUGCAAACGUCAACGAAACGGCGCAAACUGGAAAUCUACAGUCCCGUCACUAAAACUUCAAUGUCGGCGGCAACGCAAACCAUCGCUUGGCUUGAGCUAGACGAGCUGAACUUAGCCAAAGAAAAUCUUCUUUUCAGUUAUCAACCGUACAUGCGACCACCAUUCAACGUGUGGAACCAAGGGCCCAUAGAAUCUCCCGGGGCAUCGAACUAUGUCUCCGGUGCUGCAACUUUCCUACACACCAUGAUCAAUGGUUACGCCGGACUUCGACUUCGUGAUGGUGAAAUGGUGCUGGACAGGCCACGGCUACCACCUGGAACAACUCGACUGUAUAUUCCGGAAAUCAACUUCCAUUUAUACAGCUUUUCACUUGAGGUACAUCGAAACAGAACAUUUACGAUUACACAGAAACCUAUGAAUAUUUUGCCAUACAUUGGUAUGGUAACAAUCGUUGAUGGUGUGAGAUAUCCAUACUGUAGUGUGUAUACAGGCUGCACUUAUCAGGGAUCCCACAAGGCCAUCCUCCAGCUGGAUCGACAGUUUUCGGAAUGUAACCUAAAGCCUACCAAAAUGAACAUGCAGCUUGCUGAGCAAAAUGGAACAUUAGGUCCAAUGAGUCGCAUCGCCGCUUGGUUCAAAUCGACGUGGAAGAAAAUUUUCUGAUAAUGUUUCUCAUAAAAAAGGACGAGAAUCAAUAGCAUUUCCCAGGGCAAAGCGUUCGAAUGACUAAAAUAAUUCUAUAGCAUAUUUCUCCUGGAUUGCACUGAAAUAUACCUAAUGAUGAUCACGUCUACAUCAUCAAAUUAAAGAAAGUUUCUACACAAAGCGUAA